GUCACGGUGAACGCCACGCUUGUGUGUGCCGUGUGCGUUAUCUGUUUCGUUGGCCGUGCAGUAUCAACUUUACAAAGCUUCUUAGUGAUUUCGUCGAGCCAUCGAGUUUCUCUUUGGUUUAUCAAUUUUUUACGAGGCUGUAGAUAAGUUGUAACCUCUUGGAACUCCCGAUAACCUACUCGUACCCUAUGAAAGUUAGAAUUGCAGAGGAUCGCAAAAGUAGAUGAAAAUGGCAAAGAAAAUGCAGCAUUUAGUACCGUUACUGCUGACUUUUGUGAUUCUUACAAGAUUAGCCAUGUGUUACAAGGAAUUCAAAGGUUUGCAAGACUUGUUGGAGACGACAACGCCGACAACGGCUCAAAGAAUGCGACUAACGCACUCCUGGAAGAUAUUGGAAUUUGCUUUUGAUAGCGAGGCGGACCGAGAGGCUGCCAUCAAAAAUGGCACGUACCGACCUGGAGCUGCUUUACCGAUUGACGUCGACGUUUAUUACGGCGGAACAAAGCCUAAGGUUUUCGUCACGACGCCUCGCCUGGAGCGCGGAGUACCAAUGACACUGGGUUACGUAACCGACAAGCUGUCCGAGAACGGCCAGCAUCUGAUUGCACCUUACCCAGAUUGGGGAUGGAACACCCUUGGCGACAACUGUGACUCCUUAACGGGCGUUUUCAGGGUUCAGAUCGACGAGUGCGACAGGCUGUGGGUGAUGGACACUGGUGUUAUACUCGGAGAGGGUAGGCCCUGCCCGCCCCAGCUGCUCUCCUUCUCGCUAAAGACCAACAAACUGCUGAGCCGCUAUCGCAUCCCCGACGAUCAGUUCGACCCUUUAUUGUCGCUGCACGUAACCGUCGUCGCAGACGUAAGGAUGAAGCCUAACGACUAUUCAAAAGACAAGUCAUGCAAAGACACCUUCGUGUACAUCGCCGAUAAUCAGGCGCACGCACUCAUCGUCUACGAUCACGCAGCGGUCCGCUCCUGGAAGAUAAUCAACCCCCUGUUUGAUCCGAACCCCGACGACAGCAAAUUUUACAUACAUGAUAAGACCUUCGAACUGAUGGACGGCAUUAUCGGGAUGGCCCUCGGUCCCGUCCAACCCGACGGCGACAGGACCCUGUACUUCCACUCCCUUGCGAGUCGCGUCGAGUCUCACGUGCCAACGUCGAUCAUUAGGAACUACGAACUGUUUCACAAAAACUCGCGAGCAGCAUCCGAUGCCUUUAAAGCCUUCCCUACGAAAAGGACCACGCAGUCAGUGGCCGAAGCAAUGGACCGCAACGGCGUCCUAUAUUUUGGUCUGAUGAGUGACUUGGCCAUCGGGUGCUGGAACAGCAAGCAGUUUCCCGAGUUUGGGGGCCGCAACAUUCAUAAUGUCGUUGUCAACGAAGAGACGCUGGAGUUUGCCUCCGGUGUGAAGGUAUUAACGGCACCUGAUGGCCGUCAAGUGCUGUGGGUUCUGACCUCUUCAUUCCAUCGAUACUUGACUGGUAGUAUGAACAUCAACGAGACGAACUUCCGUAUCAAUGCAGGGUUCACCCAGGAGCUAGUACGUGGUACUGUGUGUGACAUUGACGCUGUUCACAAUUUCCCAUUUGCACAUCGCUUUCCGAAGCUACCAUAGACGAACGCAAGUUGUGUUAUUGUCACUACUGUUUUAACUAUUGUCAUCGGAUUUAAUUCCACUCUAACAGCUUAGUUUACUCAUUUUAAACCAUACAAUUAUAUAGUAAUCUCUUCCAUGAACAAUGUGUAAUGUAAUAGAAACAAUGAAAUUCGAAUAAUGAGUGUUUGCGGUAGAAGGACUCUGCAGAGACGACAACACUCAAUUAUUGUAAUAAUGUUGAAAAUAAAAAAAAAAAUGUAAAACCUUCUACGCAAUUAUGUGCAAAAUAAAACUUAUAAAUUUAUUCAUGUACAUUAAAAGUAUAUGCUCGUACCAUAUGCAGGUACAGGGUUAAAAUGAUUCAUUUAUUUUCUUAAUAAUGAUUUUUUGCUCUACCAACUGUAUUUAAUGGCGAUCAUCUGACGAAUAAAUAACAAAAUGUAAAACCAGUAUUUAU